AUGACGACGACAAACGUAAACGGUGAUAACAACAACAAACAGGUUGUUGUUAAUCCACUUCCUACCGUACAAUUUGCAUUUUGUUCAUCGAACAAUGCCGGUGGAAAUCGUAGAAAUUCCGCACCGAUAAUAAUAAAAACUCCAACGGAUUUUUCACCAAAAGAAAAACAUUAUAAUUUCUUAUCAUUAAAUUCAUCGAAUUUACUAGAAUCCCCAUCUUCCGAUGAUAAUGAUAACGAUGAUAAGAAAAAAAAAUAUUCACCAAUAUUAUCGAUACGUUCGAAUCCAUCGUGUCAACAACAGCAACCACAACCACAACAACCACAGACGUCAUCGUCACCAAGGAAAAGUCCAAAAAGUCCAAAAUGUUCAAAUUAUUUUAAAUUUCCAAAUCCUAAAAAAAUAACUGAUAAGAUCGACGAAUAUGCCGUAUAUGAAAAUUAUACCUGUUAUCAUCAACCUGUAUCACCGACAAAUGUUAAUUACGUACCUACGUCACCAUCGAGAAAAUCAAAAACGUCCACGAGGCAAAGUAGUUGUAAUUCAUCGGGUCCGAGAGGAAGUUUAUCAUCGACUACGUCCAUAGCAAAAUCCGAAAUUUCAUCCGUUACAGAAUCUUCGUCUAUUGACACGACUACUACGACAAAUUCUUCAUCGUCCGUGUCACGUUGUAGAAAAUCAACAAGCGAUUUAACGGAUUUAACGGAAGAAGAAUGUCUUACGGAAAGUAUAAGUUUAUCGAGACCGUCAUCACCACGUGGUAAAACCGGAAGUAUAAAAGUCGGAUUGGCUUUUUUGGCAUCGAGAAGAGGAUCAAGAGAAUCCGUCGUGUCAGCAACGUCACAAAUUUCAAACGAAGAUAUAGGACCGUUAAAUUUUAAUGGCACGACACGUGGAAGACAAAGGAGAACAUCUAAUUUUCUCGAAUUGCCAGUACCGGAUCAUUUCCGGCCGAGAGUUUGUUCACUUCCGGAAAAACCAUAUAAUCCACGUGCCGGAAACGAAUUAUAUCGUUUAAGGACAUUCAGUAUAACAAAAGGAAACGUCAUCAAUUGUGGGGAUUCGAUAAUAAAUAGAAGAUCGAGAAGUAAUACGAGCGUCAAUUCCGCCGGUACAAGUCCUUUCGAAGGUUCAUGUUGCGGUUCGAGUUACAAUAACAUAUCAACAAGCGAAGCAGACGACGAUGACGUCACAGAAUAUAGAAUCGUGCUUUUAGGUGAUUCAGGGGUUGGAAAAACGGCUCUCGUUAAUCAAUUUAUGACGUCAGAGUAUAUGAACACAUACGAUGCGUCAUUAGAUGAUGAAUUUGGUGAAAAGACUGUUUCCGUACUUUUAGACGGUGAAGAAUCCGAAAUGAUAUUUAUUGAUCAUCCAGCUGUCGAAAUGUCGGUCGAAAAUUGUUUGGCUACUUACGCUCCUCACGCAUGCGUCGUCGUUUAUUCCGUCGAUGAUAAGAACACAUUUCAAGUUGCUGAAGAUAUUUUAAAUUAUUUAUGGCGGGAAAAUUACACGCAUGAAAAAUCAGUUAUACUCGUCGGUAAUAAAUCGGAUUUAGCGAGAUCUCGUGUCAUUUCGACAGCAGACGGGAAAUCGUUGGCCGCAUCGAGAGAUUCGAAAUUUAUCGAAACGUCAUCCGGUAUACAACACAACGUCGACGAAUUACUCGUCGGAAUAUUAAAACAAAGCAGGUUAAAAGAAACACGUGAGAAAAAACAAAAGAGAAGAGGAAGUAAAUGCGGUCAAAACGGAAAUAGACUUCACGGUUCGAAAACAUCGCUCAGUUUAAACAUAGCGAGAGAAAUAUUACAAAAAAUAUGUUUAAACGAUUCGAAAUCGAAAAGUUGUGGAAAUCUUCACGUUUUGUAG